CCGCCGUCGGGUAUAAAGCUCGGGACGUCGACGACGACGUUCAACUUAUCCGCCCAUCUACCGCCCACUCCCCAACUUAUACAACCAUCAUCAUGUCGUCCAAAGGAGUCACUGGCACGCAGUCCCCGUCCCUCGAGGCUACCGGCGAGCAUGUGCCCAUGGGUGCAUCAAGCGUGAACUCAGUCGGCAAGGACAUCCCUGUCGUGAAUGACGAGAAGGACCAGCGUGGAGCAUACUUCGAGGAGUCCAAGACUGGCGCCUCCGAGGCUUCCUCCAAGCCCAAACGUCAAAUGAAGAGCGAGAGCCUGGCCCAGAAGUUCGAGGAUGACCCCAGCGCGAGAAGCCGCCUCGACUGAUUGCGCUCUCGUCUGCCAGGUAUCGUCAGCAUAAACCCAAUGUAUUUCUAGUCGCAUUAUCGUAUGGACAUGCUUAUUGCCCACAAA